AUGUCAAACGAAGAAAUACUCACGGACGACUAUGUCGCUGGUCUUCUGAGCCAGGAGGCAUCCGACUGCUCCAUCAAAUACUCUGCAUUGGGUGUUGACGCCUUCCUAGGGAAGGACUCUAGCUCCAAGAAGCCGGCCAAUAUACCCAAACCAAAUACGAGAUUUUUGCGCAACAUCAUCAAAGGCACCGACACCCAUAACAAGGCACUUUUGGCGAAGGAGGCCGCUGAGUCGAAGGCUCGCUUGAAACGACUGGAGCGCACCGAAGACAUCAAACGAAAGAAGUCAAAUCCUUCGACUAAGGAUAUACGAGAGCGACAUAUGGGCGAUAUUCAAGCGAUAUUAGGCGGUGGAAAAUCCAGGAAGCGGGUUGACGACAACAGCACCAACAAGACAGAACUUGACGGUCGCGAUCAAGACAACGCGAAGCGCAAAUCGAGAGCGCAGAAGGAUAGAGAUUAUGAAAAAGAAGGUCGGCGAAGAAAUCAAUCUUCUUCGAAUCACCCGAGUGACAGCCACGAACAUCAUAGCGGCCGACGUCACGACAGGCACAAUUCGCGACACAUGGAUCAUUCGUCCGAGGAUGAACACAAAGCUCGCAGACACAAGAGUUCUAGAGACGACAGAUCCAAAUCUCCACGAAGUGGACAUCGAUCUAAUGGAACGAGAAGCCGAGACUCAGAACGUCGACGCUACCGACAUCGCUCGCCGUCCAGAAACAAAUCGCCAGGGUCACAUGGGAUCGAGCUUGCGUUACAGAACUCACAGCACGAUGAGAUUGGACCGGCUCCUCCUCCACCCAUAAUUCGUGGCCGUGGUGCGGUAGGCGCAUCUUCAGGAAUUGACAGACGGUUCUCAGCGUCGUAUGAUCCAAAGGUGGAUAUCCAAGGCGCUGAUAAUGCUGAUGCAUAA